GGAAGAAAUGGGUGGCGAGGAUAUAGGAGAGAAUGUGAGUGAAACAUCCGGAUGGGCCCACAGCAGAAUGUGCGGCUAACUGCCACACAACGUAUAACUCGCCCAAUCUUCCUCUUUUUGUCCAUUUUGAAUUUCAAAUUUAAAUCUGAAAUUGUUCAUCUGUCACCCAGAAAAAUGCCUGAAACUAGCGAAUCUUUCCUGUUCACUACUUCGGCGCCAUCCUCCUCCCACAUUAUCAUGUCUUUUUUAUUAUUAAUUAAUUAAUACGGAGUAAUAAAUAAAAUAAAACAACAAGUUUCCAAAAUUUUGUUCGUCAAGCAGCAUUGGCUGUUUUUCAGUAAACAAUACCGAGUAAAUUCAAUUCUUCUACCAGUCCCUGGUCGGGGGACAACAAUGGCGGCAGAUUCGGCUUGUCUAAUCCAUGCUUUUUCUUACGCUUCAGCGACCCCCAAUGAAGCCAAGCAGGUAAGAUUCACCAUUCCAGAUUCGAUCUAGUAACCCCGUUUUCUACUACACUCUUCAGUAGGCGUGAUUAGAUUCAGAAAUUGAAUGUAUGGGGUGACACUGUGACAGGGGAAUGGGAUGCACGCGCUGGGGGAAUCCAUCUCUUUCGGGAGGUUCAUGACAGAGUCAUUGGGCUGGGAGAAAUGGUCCACUUUCUCUCACAACAAGUAUGUCGAAGAGGCCGAGAGGUAUGCCCGACCCGGUUCGGUCGCCCAGAAGAAAGCUUUCUUUGAAGCCCAUUACAAGAGAAUCGCUGCCAAGAAAGCUGCUGCUGAGGCGGCGUUGCUUGAACAGGCUCAUCUUGAGGAAGAUGAAGAAGAAAGCAAAGCCGACAGUGUCCUAAAGGUGGGAGAUGGUUCUAAGGCUGGUGUUGAUUCUAUUGUUGAAGAUGACGCCCAGGAAACAGUUUCUGAGUUAUCAGAGGACAGCCAAGUGGCUCAUCAAAUGGAGAUGGAGAGACCUUUAUUAGUAAAGCUGAAUUCUAAGAAGAAGGACGAAGAAGACGAGGAGGAGGAGGAGGAAGUUUUAUCAUCUUCAUCAUCAGUUCCCGUUAUUUCAAAGAAAAGAAGACCCGGUCUUUCAUCAUUUAGGAAGAUUAUGCCAUCGUCAUCAUCAUCAUCUUCUACUCAUGGAAAGAUAUGGAAUAAAGAAGUUCUGUUAUAUCCUUCUCCACCACAACCAAUAGUGUCCAACGUUAUCCAAACUCAACACCAUCUGAACAAAGAAAUCAUUACCAUCGCAACCCCAAUAAAGAUCCCACCAACACCAAUGGUAAGAAGUCAUGGCGGCACAAUUUUGACUGGUGCUGAUAAACCAACUUCAAAAUGUCUUAGCUCCUUGUUAAAUCUAUCCGACCAACCAGCUAAAGAACCUGUUAAACUGCCUCCUCCGAAAAAGGUCAAGGACACUCCUCGGGUUGCUCCUAAUAGUAAUAAGAAUAAUUGCUCAACACCUCUCAGGAUGACUCCUUUGGCAAAGACAGAGGGAUUGGCAAAGCUUUAUACAGUUACCCCGACUUCGGUGGCUGCUUCAGGAAGUAAAACAUGUUCUGGCCCAAAGUGGCACUAUUUAACUUCAGUUUGUUCCAAGUCUUUGACCGCCUGUCGGAAUAAACUGUGCUCUCCUAGUUAUACUAUAUCCUCCACCACCACCCCUUUUCGCCUAAGAACAGAAGAAAGGGCUGCCAGAAGGAAACAAAAGCUGGAAGAGAAAUUCAAUGCAAAUGUGGAGGAGAAGGAGGUACAUAAGAAGGGGAUGUUGAAAACCAAAGUAAAGGUCCACCAGGUAGGCAUUAUGACCGGACUGAUGCUUUGACUCUUAAAUAUCAUUUAUGGAAGUUUCAUGAAACAAACAAUGGGAUAAUGUAGGAGGAGAAGUCAGGAACGGAGCUCAGGAGGAAACUGGGCCGAAGCUUCUGUUUCAAAGCCCGCCCUCUCCCUGACUUUUAUCAUCAUAAGCAUCAGGCUGAUGAUAAAACAGAAGAAGCUCCAUCAACACCAUUAAAACAUCAAACCUCAAAGGUAUUGUUUUGGCCCCCAAAUAACUGUGAUCUGGCCCAAAUGAUCAUCAACUUUGGUAAUUUGCAGAACCACGGGAAACAUCCUCCUCAGUCAGUUAAAAAACUUGGAAAGAUUGCCAUCAAUAUGCCAGUACCAAAAGCUGGAGUUCGUAAGAAAUCAUGAUAAAGGUCCAACUCAAGAUCCGCCAUUAACAACAGCAUGAACAAUUCAAGAAGAAUUAUAUUGUAUGUACUGAUGGAAGCAGAAUAGAAUGCUGACUUGUUGCAGGACCGGAUAGAUUUCGUCUUAUUGAAUUUAUUUAUUGAAUCAGAAGUAGGCACCUUUAAUUAUCUGGUUUCUUGUUUGCCAGCUAGGGUUGUUAGAAAUUUAGAAGAGGUAGAGACAAUGUAAAAAAACUAAUGAGAAAGAACAUUUAUUUAUCAUUAAUAUGAUUUAAUUCAGAAACAUGUUGAGUAGUAAAUUAGUAAUACAACACAAUGUCUGUUUUCCAUGAUGGGAAUUGGUUAAACCACAAUUUUAACAUUCAUCUUCAUCAUCUCCACUUUCAUCUGCUUUUCAAUUCCCCCUUAACGUUAAGUUCAAGCCUAAACAAUCAUCCUCAUUCCUCAUAUUCAUCCGCAGCCUCAAAAUCGCCGACCAAAUGAUCCAGAAUUCCGGUGGCCGAGAAGCCGGAAACGUUGCGGCCGGUUUUAUUAGCUGCAUCCACGUAACCCCGCCACGUGAUCGACCUGUUGAUAGAAUCAGCGUCGGUAGCCCUCUUUUUGAGCGUCCCCUUGGCCUUGGCUUUUGCUUUGCUGGCCGGGAUGUCGUGGCACUCGGAACAUUGGGGGCGGCCGCACUUGCCGGUGAACUUGGAGUGGUUAGUGGGCUUGGAGGAGACCUUGGUGAAUAGACCGGCGGUGGCGGUGCUGUUGGCGGCGGCGUAUCGGUGCUUUGGCGUUGUUGGGUUCAACAAAUUGGGAGGGAGGACGGGGCAGGUUCGGACCAGACCGUGUUGGCGACCCUCUCUCCUCAUUGCAAGGUUAAGGUGAGCUUAAUUGGCUUUGAU